UCGUCUCAGCCUCUCGCGAUAAUUCUCGUCAUGGCAGCUUUGAACGGAGCAGCCUCCGAUCUCAAAUCUACCUUUCUCAAGGUUUACUCUGUUCUCAAGUCUGAACUCCUUCAAGAUCCUGCUUUCGAGUUCACCGAUGAUUCUCGACAAUGGGUCGAGCGGAUGCUGGACUAUAACGUACCUGGAGGGAAGUUGAAUCGAGGACUCUCUGUGAUCGAUAGCUACAGGUUGCUGAAAGAUGGGGAGGAAUUGACCGAAGAUGAAAAUUUUCAUGCAUGUACAUUGGGCUGGUGUAUCGAAUGGCUUCAGGCAUAUUUUCUUGUUCUUGAUGAUAUUAUGGACAACUCCUUUACCCGUCGUGGUCAGCCUUGCUGGUACAGAAUGCCCAAGGUUGGUCUUAUUGCUGUUAAUGAUGGGAUCCUACUUCGUAACCACAUUCCCAGAGUUCUUAAAAGACACUUCAGAGAAAGGCCAUACUAUGUGGAUCUUCUGGAUUUAUUCAAUGAGGUGGAGUUUCAGACGUCUUCAGGACAAAUGAUUGAUUUGAUUACCACAAUUGAGGGGGAAAAAGAUCUCUCGCGGUAUUCAUUGCCUCUUCAUCAUCGCAUUGUUCAGUACAAAACUGCCUAUUAUUCAUUUUACCUUCCGGUCGCAUGUGCAUUGCUUAUGUCAGGUGACAAUCUGGACAACCAUUUGGAUGUAAAGAACAUUCUCAUUGAUAUGGGAACCUAUUUUCAAGUCCAGGAUGAUUAUUUGGACUGCUUUGGUGAUACUGCAGUGAUUGGUAAGAUUGGGACAGACAUUGAAGAUUUUAAGUGCUCUUGGUUGGUUGUGAGAGCACUGGAACUCUCCAAUGAGGAGCAAAAGAAACUCUUAUAUGAGAACUAUGGAAAGGUAAAUCCAGAUUGUGUUGCAAUAGUAAAGGCACUUUAUAAAGAUCUUGAUCUUCAGGGUGCAUUUGCUGAGUAUGAGAGCAACAGCUACAAAAAGCUGAUAUCAUCAAUUGAAGCUCAUCCAAGCAAAUCAUUGCAAGCUGUGUUGAAGUCCUUUUUGGGAAAGAUUUACAAGAGACAGAAAUAGUUGAAGUAAGAACCAGAGGGGCAGGGGAGGGCCUUGAAGUAGAAUUUUGAUUCUUUCCCCACCAUAGUUUCUGUUUGUUUUUCUCCUUGCGGUGGUUGUAUCCUAUUGCAGGUUCCUUGCCAGCAAGGUUUCAACCCUUUUAACAUUUUGCAUUUUGUUGAAUAUCAUUAAUGUUUAGUGGGUAAGCU